AUGUUGUGGCACGGCGAACUGACGUGGGGGCAGACGCUUCGCCACCACCUUACCGCGUUCUCGCACGCCGUCGGGGGGUUUGUUGGCGGUCCCACCCUGCAGCGCGACCUGCUUUUUGCCUGGCUGGCGUGGUUCCUGAUUCUCGCCUUCGACCCGGAUUUGCCGCACGGGUCGAACGGCGCUGCUUUCGACGCGCUCUUCGAGGUGUGCUCCGCCUUUGGCAACGUUGGCCUGUCGAUGGGCUACUCACGCGACACCGAGCUCGAGAACGUCCGUCCGGGCACGCCGCAGACCUUUGUCGACUCGCUGCCGCGGGGCGAGACGGGCCUCUCAUACUGCGCCUGCUGGCCGAACCUCUCCAAGGCGGUGCUGGUGGCGGUGAUGAUUUAUGGCAGGACGAGAGCGCUGCCGCAGCAAGUCGACUACGCCCUCACGCUCGCCAUCGAGAUCCCGUCUUCGGACAUGUCGCCCGUCGAGCUGCUCCUCAGCCCGGGCGGGGAGCGCGACAGCGACGAGCGCGACUCGACGCGCGCGCGCGGCUCCUGGCUCUUCUCGCAGGCCGACUUGCGCGGCUUGGCUCGGCGGCUGACUGGCAGCACGCCCGCCCACCACCCGGGCGAGGUGCCACAGCGCAGCGGCGUGAGUUCGGGCAACGAGUCUACGGACGAGGCUGGAACGCUCGGCGACCUGCUUGAUGCUAGGGCUCCGGACGACGAGGGCGCGUCGGGGUCGCAUGCGAGACCGGAACAGCGGGCGAACAAGGAGCUGGUGUGA